CUCAGUUCCUAAUUCCACCGCUGCUCUCGUCCCCGGGCUAACCAGACCCUGCCCCUUUUACUAAUCGAUCCAACCUUCCCAGCCCGGCCCCUCCCCCUUCCUCACUUACUACAUACAUACGGCACUUCUCCCUCUUUCUCCCCUCCCCCUUCCGCUAGAUCAGACUCUCUUGGAGGACAGGAACCUUUUCUUUCGGGAGUUUAAAAAGUCAAGUUACAAAAAUGGAAUUCGACCGGCCUCGGCCCCCCUGCGACUUGCUAUCGGUGCGACCUUGAGCCUGGCGUGGGACGUCUGUGUAAGAGUCUCAGUCGCAUCCCCGGGGGUCUGCUUGCGGGCCGAGGAGUGAAUGCCCGGCCCACCCUAGAAACAAAAAAUACUUUGAGAAAGCUCUUGUUGGAUUGGGGACCACUUCUCAUUGCCAGGAUCCAAUAGGGCCUUUCGCUGAGGGAACAUUCCCCAGAGACUCCUCUCUGAGAAAGGAGGGCCAGCAGUUGCCAUUACUCAUCUUUGGGAGCUCCUGAGCAAGAGCUAUGACAUACCCUAACUGGGAAGGUGCUCUGGGACUCAGGUUGAUGUUGGCCCAGAAUGGAUCAGACCUGUGAACUGCCCAGAAGAAAUUGUCUGCAGCCCUUUUCUAACAGAGUGGAUUUAGAUGCCCCUGAAGAAAAGGACACCCCUUUCGGUAAUGGUCAAUCCAAUAUUUCUGAGCCUCUUAAUGGGUGUGCUAUACAAUUAUCGGCUGCCAUUAAUAGUGGAACAUCCAAAAUUACUUAUGGACAAGAUCCAUCAUCUUGUUACAUUCCACUGCGGCGACUACAGGAUUUGGCCUCCAUGAUCAAUGUAGAAUAUUUAAAUGGGUCUACUGAUGGAUCAGAAUCCCUUCAAGACCCUGAAAAGAGAGAUUCAAGAUCUGGGUCACCAAAUGUUUGCACUUCCUUGAGUCCUAGUGAUCCAAGAGCACUUGCUAUGAAACAGGAACCCACUUGUAAUGACUCCCCUGAGUUCAAGGUAAAAAUAACAAAGACUGUCAAGAAUGGGAUUCUACACUUUGACAAUUUUGUUUGUAUGGAAGAUGCAGAUACAGAUAUAGAGUCUGAAAUGGACACAGAGCAGCCAGGCACAGAGGAUGACAGUAUAGACGAAACCUUUGAAAAAACAAGGCAAGACCUAACUAAGACAAAUGCUACCUGCAAUUACCAGCCCCAAUCAGAGAAUGGUAUAGAAGUGCUCAUGGGAAUUGAACAAGACAGCACAACAGAAAGUUGUGAAAUAAAGUCACCAGUUUUACCAUUAGCUCCAAACGAAAUGCAGAAAAAUAAUCAAAGAACUGCCAUGGACAGCAGAAUUGAAAAGCCAGAGCUUCACCCAGGCCCCUGUUCACUAGGAGAUACAAAUAUUACAUUAGAAGAACAAUUAAACUCCAUAAAUUUAUCUUUUCAGGAUGAUCCAGACUCCAGUACCAGUACGUUAGGAAACAUGAUAGAAUUACCUGGAACAUCAUCAUCAUCUACUUCACAAGAAUUACAAUUUUGUCAACCCAAGAAAAAGCCUGCUCCCUUGAAAUACGGAGUUGGACAACUUGUCUGGGCAAAAUUCAACAGACGUCCAUGGUGGCCCAGCAGAAUUUGUUGCGAUCCAUUAAUGAACACUCACUCAAAAAUGAAAGUUUCCAGCCAAAGGCCUUAUCGCCAAUACUACGUGGAAGCUUUAGGAGAUCCUUCUGAAAAAGCGUGGGUGGCAGGAAAAUCGAUUGUCCUAUUUGAAGGAAGACAUCAGUUUGAAGAGCUUCCUGUAUUGAGGAGAAGAGGCAAACAGAAAGAAAAAGGCUAUAGACAUAAGGUUCCUAAGAAAAUCUUGAGUAAGUGGGAAGCCAGCGUUGGACUUGCUGAGCAGCGAGAUAUUCCUAAGGAUUUUAAGGUCAGAAAGCGUAUCAGAAGUUCAACGAAACUAGACAGCGAAGAAGAUAUGCCUUUUGAGGACUGUACAAACGAUCCUGAAUCGGAGCAUGAACGAGUACUGAAUGGCUGCCUGAAAUCACUAGCCUUUGACUCUGAAACCUCAUCAGAUGAAAAGGUGAAGCCGUGCACUAAAUCUCGAGUCAGAAAGAGAUCCACAAGCCUCAAAAGGACUAGUAUUAAAAAAAGCAGCAUGCCAUUUGAAGCUCAUAAUGAAGAAAGAAGGGAAAAGAUGACAGAGACUCUUGGCCUGAAUUAUGUUUCUGGAGAUGUGUCCGAUAAGCAGGCUUCUACUGAACUAUGCAGAAUAGCAAGCAGUCUUACAGCAGCAUCCAACACCACCACCACAAAUUACUUGUUUUCUUCACGUGGGAAAACCACUAUGAAAAAAGAGUUUGAGACUUCAAAUUGUGAUUCUCUGCUUGGUUUGCCUGAGAGUGUUUUGAUUUCUAGCAGUUCUGUGGAGAGAAAGAAACCUCUCCGCAGUAUGGUUCAUAGUGCAAAGUCACCCCAUCUGUGCUAUAUCAGUGCUGGUGAUGAGGAAAAGAGAAGUGAUUCAGCCAGUUUAUGGACCACCUCUGAUGAUGAGAGCAGUGACAGUGAUCUGGACCCAGUUGACCAAAGUUCUGAGUCUGAUGAAAGUACUCUAGAAAUAAGUGGAUCUUUUGAUAAAGAUGAAAGUGAGUUACCUUUGGAGAAAAAUGAGAAGCUUCAAUAUUCCAGGUAUCACACAAAGAAUACUAGGGUAAAAGCAAGAAAGAAGUCUAUAAAAACUAGUUCACACCUAGACCACUUGUUAGAUUGUACUAAAACUCCUGACCCUGGGAGUGAAGAAUCUCAAGGUGCUGAUUCUGAUUCCAAAAUGCCCAUCAUCGCUCGAAACGACAAUCUUUCCAACAAAUACACCCUGCCACAAAACAUAUCCCAUGAGAAUGCUUUCGUAAAGAGUGGGCUUAGUAAUCAACCUCUGUUACAAUCAAAACAUAACAAACAGCCUAAAGCCAGAAGUAUAAAAUGCAAACACAAAGAGAGCCCAACUGCAGUAGAUUCCUCAGUUUUAGAGGAGGAUUUCAGCUUAAAGUGCUGUUCUAAUGAUUCGAAAGGGUCUUCUGUAGACUGUGUUGUCAAAAGUGGAAAGCUUGAUAGUCUAAAACUACUGAGCAACAUGCAUGAGAAACCCAGAGAUUCUGCGGAAAUUGAAACCGCUGUUGUAAAACAUGUUUUGUCAGAGUUGAAAGAACUGUCUUAUAGAUCCCUAAAUGAUGAAAUAAGUGACUCUGGUUCACCUAAAAUAAACAAACCUUUACUUUUUCCUUCUUCAUCUGGUCAAAGUCGUUUGCCAAUUGAGCCAAAUUACAAAUUCAGCACCUUAUUGAUGAUGUUGAAAGAUAUGCAUGAUAGUAAGACUAAGGAACAGCAGCUAAUGACCACUCAAAAUGUGGUCUCCUAUCGUAAUCCUGGCCUUGGAGACUGUUCCAGCAGCAGUGCUGCAGGUGGCUCAAAGUCCCUAGUUUCAGGAAGCCUGACUCAUAAGGCUGAAAAAAAUGGAGAUUGUAUUCAGGACUCAAUCUGUCAAAACCCUGGUGGGAGUGAGUCUUCUCUCAUCCGAGAGCCAUCUGGAUCUUUAACUGGAUUACUCACUAAGAAAAGAAGGCUCACUGCUUCUGGCAAACGUCGAGCAAACUGUAUUACUCGGAGAAAUUGCGCGAGAUCCAAGUCAUCCAAACUGCAGGAUGACUUUUUGGCACAAAGAGAAAAGGACAUUAUAGAAAGCAAAGACUUGAAAUCAGAAAAGAAAAAGAAACUAAACCAACUACCCAGUAUGACCAUUGAGACUGCACUGAGUGAAUGCAAAGAUGUCCCAGAUUCAGUAAAUAAGUCUCUAAGCAGCAGGCCUGCAGAUUCGAAAAGAAAGCAGUCUCUUCAAUUAAUGGAACAUUUAACAGGUGAAGACUGUGCACAUUUUUCUGAUGUCCAUUUUGAUUCCAUGGUUAAAAAAUCUGACCCUGAUAAAAAUCCUGAAAAGUGCCCCUCUUUUGAAAACGGGGAAGUCCUAGAGCUGGACUCUGAAAUGAACAGUGAAAGCUCCCUGAGUGAUGAAUCUAAUGAUAUAAACCAUGUGGCACCCAAAAAGCGGUGGCAGCGUUUUAACCAAAGCAGAGCUAAAACCAGUAAGCGCAUCAGUAGAUCUAGGAGGGAAAAGAACUCAAAGAGUGCCUUUGGGGGCCUACACCCUUGUGACUUUCUGCUGGAGGGGAAUGAGGGCCCAGAGAAUAGGCCUUCCAGCCCUUCCAAGGUGCUAGAGGAAGAAAUUAAACAGAAUUGUGAGGGUCGCUUAGAUGUAGUUGUGCCACAGUUGAAUGUGUGUGAUAAGCCAAACAGUGAUGGGCUGCACAGAGAAUCAGGGCUUUCCAAUUUUCCUCCACAGCCUGAGCUCUCCACACAAGAUGCACGCUCAGAGAAGAAACGUCUUAGGAGGCCAAGCAGAUGGCUUCUGGAAUAUACAGAAAAAUAUGACCAGAUAUUUGCUCCCAAGAAAAAACAAAAGAAGGUACAGGAACAGUCUAAGGUAAGUUCCCCAAGAGAAAAUGAAGCCCAGACUACACGGUGUCAAUCUAGCACUGAUCUCCAGAAUAAACCAGUGGAAGAGAGCUCUUCAACCAAAGAAGAUCCUCCAGUCCUUGAGAGAGAGGCACCAUUUUUGGAAAGACCAAUAGGUCAGUCUGAACUUGGAGGUGGAAAUGCAGAGUUGCCAGAACUGACCUUGUCUGUGCCAAUCACACCUGAAGUUUCUUCUUGGUCUUCACUGGAACCAGAGGAGUCAUUAUUGAAACCAAGAAAUUAUGAAAGUAAGCGUCAGAGGAAGCCAACAAAAAAGCUCCUUGAAUCCAAUGAUUUAGAUCCUGGAUUUAUGCCCAAGAAAGGGGAUUUGACACUCCUUAGAAAGUGUUAUAAUACUGGUCCCUUGGAGAAUGAUAUUUCUGGAUCAUGUACAACGCUCACAUCUAUGGAUUUUGGUGAAGGUGCAAACAAAGUUUUUGAAAAGCAAAGGAAGCGAAAGAGACAGAGGCAUGUACCAGCACAUUGUAAGAAAGUGAGAAAUGAAGACUCUUCACGGGAGGCUCAAAACUCUGAGGGAGAACCAGUUACUUCUGGGACUACCUCAAGCCCCAAAGAUGCCAUAGAAGAGAGUGUGGAACAUGAUCAUGGGAUGCCUGUAUCUAAAAAAAUACAGGCUGAACGUGGUGGAGGAGCAGCUCUCAAGGAAAAUGUUUGUCAGAACUGUGAGAAAGUGGGUGAGUUGUUGCUAUGUGAGGCUCAAUGUUGUGGUGCCUUCCACCUGGAAUGUAUUGGCCUGACAGAGAUGCCAAAAGGCAAAUUUAUCUGCAAGGAAUGUCGAACAGGAAUUCAUACCUGCUUUGUGUGUAAAACCAGUGGAGAAGAUGUCAAAAGGUGUUUGCUACCUCUUUGUGGAAAGUUUUACCAUGAAGCCUGUAUACAGAAAUAUCCGCCAACUGUCCUACAGAACAAGGGUUUUCGGUGCUCCCUUCACAUGUGUAUAACCUGUCAUGCUGCUAAUCCAGCUAGUCUUUCUGCAUCUAAAGGUCGCCUAAUGCGCUGUGUCCGGUGUCCUGUGGCUUACCAUGCCAAUGACUUCUGUCUGGCUGCAGGAUCAAAGGUCCUUGCAUCAAAUAGCAUCAUCUGCCCUAAUCAUUUUGCUCCUCGGAGGGGUUGCAGAAAUCAUGAACAUGUUAAUGUUAGCUGGUGUUUUGUAUGCUCAGAAGGGGGCAGUCUUUUGUGCUGUGACUCUUGCCCUGCUGCAUUUCAUCGAGAAUGUCUGAAUAUUGAUAUCCCAGAGGGCAACUGGUAUUGCAAUGACUGUAAGGCAGGCAAAAAGCCACACUAUCGAGAAGUUGUCUGGGUAAAAGUUGGCCGAUAUAGGUGGUGGCCAGCUGAAAUUUGUCAUCCUCGAGCUAUUCCUUCCAAUAUUGAUAAGAUGAGACAUGAUGUUGGUGAAUUUCCAGUUUUAUUUUUUGGCUCUAAUGAUUACUUAUGGACCCAUCAGGCUCGUGUCUUUCCAUAUAUGGAAGGAGAUGUCAGUAGCAAGGACAAAAUGGGGAAAGGUGUUGAUGGGACAUAUAAAAAAGCUCUUCAGGAAGCUGCUGUCCGUUUUGAGGAAUUAAAAGCCCAGAAAGAACUAAGACAGCUUCAGGAAGACAGAAAAAAUGAUAAGAAACCACCACCUUACAAACAUAUCAAGGUGAACCGUCCAAUAGGCAGGGUUCAGAUCUUUACUGCAGACCUGUCAGAGAUUCCCCGAUGUAACUGUAAAGCUUCAGAUGACAACCCCUGUGGCAUCGAUUCAGAAUGCAUUAACCGAAUGCUCCUGUAUGAGUGCCAUCCCACUGUCUGUCCUGCGGGCGGACGCUGCCAGAACCAAUGCUUCUCAAAACGCCAGUAUCCUGAAGUUGAAAUCUUUCGUACCUUACAGCGAGGCUGGGGCUUACGGACAAAAACAGAUAUUAAAAAGGGUGAAUUUGUAAAUGAGUAUGUGGGAGAGCUGAUAGAUGAAGAGGAAUGUAGAGCUCGAAUCCGUUAUGCCCAAGAACACGACAUCACCAAUUUCUACAUGCUCACUUUGGAUAAGGACCGGAUUAUUGAUGCUGGUCCCAAAGGAAAUUAUGCCCGGUUUAUGAAUCACUGUUGCCAACCCAACUGUGAAACUCAGAAGUGGUCUGUGAAUGGAGAUACCCGAGUUGGGCUUUUUGCCCUAAGUGACAUCAAAGCAGGCACUGAACUCACCUUUAACUACAAUCUAGAGUGUCUUGGGAAUGGAAAAACUGUUUGCAAAUGUGGAGCACCAAAUUGUAGCGGUUUCUUGGGUGUUCGGCCAAAGAAUCAUCCCAAUCCCACAGAAGAGAAAUCCAAAAAACUAAAAAGAAAACAACAGGUAAAGCGUCGAUCCCAGGGUGAGAUCACAAAAGAAAGAGAAGAUGAAUGUUUCAGCUGUGGAGAUGCAGGGCAGCUUGUAUCCUGUAAGAAACCAGGUUGUCCUAAAGUCUAUCAUGCUGACUGCCUCAACUUGACAAAAAGGCCUGCAGGGAAAUGGGAAUGUCCAUGGCACCAAUGUGAUGUUUGUGGAAAAGAAGCUGCAUCUUUUUGUGAGAUGUGUCCUAGUUCCUUUUGUAAGCAACAUCGAGAGGGAAUGCUGUUCAUCUCUAAACUGGAUGGUCGCCUGUCUUGUACAGAGCAUGAUCCAUGUGGCCCCAACCCUCUGGAGCCUGGGGAGAUCCGUGAGUACGUGCCUCCCCCUGUGCCGCUGACUUCAGGUGCAAACACUCAGCUAGCAGAGCAGCCUUCUGAGAUUCCUGCUCAAAGACCCCUGAUGGUGGACAAAGCCCCUGGGGCAAUGGGCCAAAGGCUCCAGCUGUCAGAGAAAACAUUAGUAGGAACAUGUCAGAGGCCACAGUUGUCUGAUAAACCACUUGUGAUGCCUGACUCCACGCCCCAGUCACCAGAUAAGAUCCCUGGAGUAUCAGGGUCAAGACCUCAGCCCUUAGAAUUAGGCCAGAGGCCAGCAGACACAUCUCUUGUAGUGACAAGCCCCAAACCUCAACUGUCUGAUAAACCUCCAUUGUCAGGUUCCAAAUCUCCACCAUCAGUUAGGUCCUCAGUAGCAGCUGGCCUCAGAUCCCAACUCUUGGACAGACCUCUAGUAACCAGCCCAAGGCCUCAAUCUCUGGAUAAGUCCUUGGGUUCUCUCAGCUCAAAGUCUCAGCAAUUAGAUAGGCCUGUAGUUACUGCUGGACCAAGACUCCAGGCAUCAGACAAGUCCCCAGUUACAAAUGGCCCAAAGCCCCAGAUCUCAGACAAGCCCCCAGUGACAACUGGACCUAAACCCCAGACCUCAGACAGGCCCCUUGCCCCUUUGGGCCAGAGACUCCCAUCUUCAGAAAAAGUGCUGUCAGCUGUGGUCCAGAACCUUGUAUCUAAUGAAAAAGCACUAAGGCCUGUGGACCAAAAUACUCGGCCAAAAGAUCGAGCUACUAUGGUUAUUGAACUGAGUCCUCGUCAAAAGGAACGAGCAACUUCACCUCAUGAAAUUACACCCCAGCCCACUGAAAAAUUACCAGUGCUGGAGCAGAGUCCCUGGCCUGUUAACAAAGCACUGGGACAAAUGCCUCGGGCAGCUGAGAAAGUUCACCCUUCUGAACCAGUCCUCCAAGCAUCUGGAAGAGCUUCAGCCCCUGUGGAACACACCUGGCAGGCUGGCAAAACACUCAUACAAGCCAGACUCGUCCCGCGGCCCCCUGCCAAGGGUUACUUGUUUGAACAGGCUCCUCGGGCCACAGGACGUGCACCUGUGUCAAUGGAGCAGAGCUCUGGGUCCUUCGGCAAAGCCUUAGCCUCAGGAGAACCCAUGGCUGGAUCCCCUCAACCCCCAGGGCUUGCCACAAAAGCAACACCAUUGAUGGUGCAGUCCCCUAGGCCCCCUGUCAAAUCACCAGACCUUGUUCCCCCAGCAGAGAAACGGUCAGCAGUGACAGAGCACCCCCCCUGGGCCCUGGGGAAAUCCCCAGCAGGCCCCACUCCCUGGCCUGCAGGCAAAGUGCUGACUGCAGCCAAGCUGAGUCCUGGUCCUACUGGGGCAGACCAGCCACUGGCACAGACUUGUCGGUCACCUGGGAGUCCACAGACAUUGGCACAGACUUGUCGGCCCCUUGACAAAGGGCUAAUCAAAGGGCCAGACCCUAAGCCUGAGCAAAGUGCAGUACCAGCUCUUAACCAGACCCCUUCCAGCCAUGAGCCUGCAGAAUCGAAAGAGAAGUGAUGAUAGUAAAUGUCAUGUGGCCAGACAAGUUUGCCCACUGGGAUAUUGUUUGGGGAGGGAAGUCUUUUCUUUCUCUCUCUUUCUUUUUUUUAAAAAAAAAAACAAAAACAAAAACAAAAAAAACAACCCUUUUCCAUUGUCAUCCUUCCUCUAUUCCCCACCUCUCAAACUCUUUGUGACAUUAGCCAGUUGGGGUGGCUUAAGUUAUCCAUGUACAAAAAUCUAAGUGGGGCCUCCCAAUCAAGGAGACAGAUUAUGGUCCUUUUUCCUUCUUUUUACACAUGGUAAACUUGAAAUAAAAAUUCCACUCUGGAUUCAAGCAUGGAAUUCAGUUCAGUGGUCAGGUUGAAGAUAGUGGGGCUUCCCUUGUCCUUGGAGGGGAGGGGACUUGUUUUUGUCGGGUUUGGGAACAUCCUUUAAGAGAAAGUGAUGGUCUUUCAUUCAACUCCUAACCUUUCGAGAACCUUUGACCAGGGAGGAAGUGGUGACAUCAAGGUGGACUCCCAACUCCAUUUGUUUCCUGCAUUUUGAUGCUCCUAUCCCCAGAAGUGGUUGUGUUGUCUUAAUAACUCCUGGUGGGUAGGUCCUCACUUGCCCAGGUCUACAUUGCUUUCCACAUAAGAGAGCUCACUUCAGUGCCCAUUUUUAAGAGGGGUAUAAUGAUAGGUUACAAUGGGUUGCCCCUUGGACAGCUGCUGUUUGUAUUCAGUUUAGGCCAAGCCCUACUAAUAAGGAAUUAUGGGAACUUAUUAGAACAGGCUGAUGUGCCUCUACACAAGUGGUUGGGCAGAGGAACUGGACUUGACAACAGUGGCAUCUCUCAUUAGAGCACUGUCCCUGAAACAGGCCUUCCUUCACCCUCACCUCCAGCAAACACUCAGGUGCUUUAGAACUAAGGGUGUCUUGUGCUAAGUCUCAUUGGAAGGAGGUUUGCUAGGCUAUGACUGAGCUCUGCAUCCCACACCAAUGCAGAAAAAUUAACUGCUUUUGCAUGUUCCCCUAUGCGUGUUGAAUACAAUAUUCCUUCCUUUAACCAUGAGAAAAGGAGCCUGCUCACUUAAUAGGAGGCAUCAGUUCCUUCUUCCUUUCUACACUAUAUGGUAGGCUCCACCCAACUCUCACCUGAGAAUAAUUUUGUUUGCUUUGCUGACUGAAGUCAAAAUUGUACCUGGUUUCAUGAUCUGGAGCCAUACAAGCUCACAGAAGAACCAAGACUGAUUGAGGAUACAUGGAGUAAAGUAAUGUCCGAGCUAGGCAACAAUUUCUUGAAACUGCUGAUAAUCUUACUGCUGCCCUAAACUGGGAACAGAGGGACUGGGAAAACUGUUGGUGCUACCCUUCCCUGUGGUUAGCCCAGUUCACUGACUGCCAGCAAGAAGUGCUGUUUGGCCAGUACUCUCUCCCCUUUACAUCCCUACACCUCCACCCCCAUAACAAAUAUUACCUCUGUGCUUUGCCAACUGGAGAAGCCUUCAGCCAGUAGGCACUAUCCUGGCCAUUCUGUCUCAGUAAUGGCUUUUACACCCCUAUUAGCAUUCUAUACUUUGUCCUAAUUCCCACUCUAAAUAUUUAUCCCCUUGGGAAUUAGGAAUCCUUUGCUGUGUGAGUUUACCUCCUUCAUUCUGGGAAGGGAAAAACAAGUGCACAUUUGCAGGGAGUUGCUCCUUCUAGUAAGAAUAAAAAUUAAAAGAAUAAGCCUUUAUAUUUUCAAAACUGGUCUUUGAAGAGACAGGGUUGAACCUCAUUUCUAAACCCCAGACAGGGUUGAGGUUAUUAUUGUCUCUCCUCUAAUCUGAAGCAUUUGGCACCCAAAGCUGAAUUCGCUCCUUAUGGAAUCCUAUCUCUACAAGCCUCUCUGGCUAGACUGCACAUGUUUCUGGAAAACCCACUGGGCUUUAAUCCCUUGGUUGGCCCUUUGAAUGUGCUGCUAAGCUUCCUUCCAGCAGCAAAUGGGGGAGGAAUGUUGUCUUUUUCUCCCUACAGAAGUCCUCAUGAAAGAGGAAAAAAAUCAAAGCCUUUUUAUUUCCUUUUUAAAAAUAAUUUUAAACCAUGAAAAUAUAUUUUAAAAAAAAUUUACCCGGAAACACUGAGGCUCAGUAUAAGUAUUUAUCAUGUGUGAGAAUAAAUAUAUAUAAUUUACAUUUGUAGGGUCUUCUCUAUGCUCGACCCCCGGAAUUCUCCUAGAUUGUCUGUAGUGUUGAUUCUGUGCUCACCCCAUUCCCUUCCUAUCCUCUCUCUGUUUCCCUUGCACUUGUAGCUGUUACCAGAAAGGAAUCCAUACUGCACUGUCAGAAUCUAUGUUUCACUUUGUCGUGUGUUUAAAAAAAGAAAAAGAAAAAAAAACAAAAACUACCCUAGUUCUUUGUUUUAUGAAAUAAACUGUGAAUAUUUUUGGUGCAGGCUAUUUAAAAAUUUUUAGUGGAGGAGUCUUAAUUUAAAGACGCUUGUCCUAUUAAGUAGUAUUGCUGAGUAAGUCAGUCACAUGUCAGAAACUUUGGCUAGGCUCAGGGGAGCAGGCAUGCAGGCCUAAAAGUGUGGAGCCCUAGGUAGAUCCUUGAAUGUUUUGUUGGUAAACCUCCUUUUGACAAGGGUCUCGCCAUCUUCCUCUCAAAUGUCCUGUUGAGGAAAUCAUCCCUGAUUCAAACUUGUAAGACAGCCUUUGUGGGCUGUGCCCAGUAUCUGUGCAGUUCCUUCUUUGAGUGGGUGGUCCCUAUGGCUGGGAACCUUAACCUUCUCUUGCAAAGGACAGGUAACAUACUCCUUGUUGAUACAGAUACAACAUGGCAUAGUUAAUAAGAAAUCACCAUUAGGGAUGGUUCAUGAUUAGCAAGAAAUGGUCUAUAAAAUUCAAACUAAGUUUAGGAUCAACACUGGGGGAAAAGUAAAUUGGAAUUUUUAAUUUGGCCAACUUGCUCAUAAAUGCCAACUAUUGAAGAGGAGGGACUAGGGGCCUUAAUCAGCAGAUGAAUGGACUCUAAAUGUAGUAAAGAUUCUAAGCUGGUUUUGAUUUCAGGAGGGGUGGGGAGAAGAGAGUGGAUUUUGAUUCCUUGAAGAUUCUUUAAAAUCUUAUAAAUAUUCCCUACCAACCCCAGCUUUCCUUCUACCAGACUCCUGGGAAAGGGUGAAGGCUCCCGUUACUACAGAGCCUGUUUAUCCUUUCCUUUAAAACCCCAUCUUUCUCUCCAGACACUUAAACCCUUUCCCAUUGUGAUUGUCUUUUAAUACUAAUUAUGGUCACUAAAGCACCCAGAGGUUUGUGAUCCAAAAGUUCCUUUAAAUAUAUUAACUUAAAUCAUUGUUUGCUGCUUCACUGCUGAAAAGCUAAAGAAUGAGGAAGCCCCUAUUGGGGGAGGGGGGGAAUGUGAAAAAUAAAUCUUUGUAUUUUCAACUAGAAAUUCGUACAUCGAAAUGUAUCAGGGAUUCUUUACAAAAAUAAUUGUAGGUGAACUUCCCAAAUGCUGUGACCCAGUGAGUAGUAGAAUCAUUUUGGAGGGCAGCUGGAGAGAGUACCCUUCCAUUUUGAUAACCCUUCACCUUAGCAUCACUUUUGGCAGAGAUAAGGAGAGGACUUGGGUGAGUUAACUGUAUGCUCUGAUCUACUGCACUUUUUGUACAGGUUCCAAUCCAUGGCUUCCCUCUCAGAGGCUUUCGUUGGAACAUUAUGAUCCUGACUCGAGACCCACCAGCCAAAUGGCUGAAGUUGACUUUGUGAUCUCUGCAUUUCUAAUUCCUGUUGGC